AUGGUUACAAAUCCUAUGUUUGCAAGUUGCAGCAAUGUACCGGUGCAUCACCUGAACAUGUGGUGGGCGCUAGAUAAAGCCUAUUGGGGGCUGGGAAAAGGAGAUUAUCAGAUUGACUAUGUGCCUGCACCUCGAGUCACUGAAGCUGACAAAAACAAUGAUCGAAAGUCAUUAAAUAGAGCUCUGGACAGAAGCUACCUUCUUCUCUAUGGUAAUGGAUAUGGGGCUCCAAGCGGAAAGCCUGUAUGGCAUUUUCCAGAGAAAGUUUAUGAAUCAGAGAACACUAUGCAUAAGUGUGCAGAGUCUGCAUUAAAAUCAGUCUUAGGAGAUCUUUCUAACACUUUUGUUGGAAAUGCUCCAAUGGCCCAUAUGGUUGUUCAGCCUACAGAAGACCUUUCAGGAUCCACAUCUUUUCAGAAUUUCUUCUUCAAGUCACAAGUAAUUGCCAAAAACCAGUUUGACAUUGGAAGUGAGGAUUUCGUUUGGGUGACGAAGGAUGAGUUGUUGGAGUAUUUUCCUGAGUAAGCUGAGUUUUUUAACAAGAUGAUCAUUAGCUGAUGACAGUGGAGGACAGUUGUUUGAUUCAAGUUAUUGCAACUUAGUUCUUUUAGUAUAUGUGGAGAUGACCUUGAAAGAAGAUCAACAACAUGACAGUUUUUGGGCUCAACAAAAGGUUUGGAUUCAAAGUUAAAUAGGACAUCUCAAAUUUUGGAGACUUGUGUUAUGAUUCAAUGGAUGCUGGAAGCAUGUUGUUCAAAAGCUUAUUAUUUCUACUUGUCAUAUCUAUUUUCGCGUUAGUUGUACUGUAAUAAUUAAUUGCCAACUUGCCAUGGUGAUUGUGACCUUGUUAUUCAUUCACUGAUGACAAAGAGAAGUUAUACUAGGAAGGAGCAAACCAUUGAAAAAUGCAUCUGAAGUUAGCUUAGACUUCAAUCUUGUUGCACAUAUUGUGUAGUAAUGUUUUAUCUCAUACACAGCUUUAUGCCAUAUUUGUAUUGGUGAUCAGCACAUGAUUCAAAACUCAACAACUCCACAAACUACACUUGUAUGACUUUU